GCAUCCAUUCUAGUGGUAUUGUUCUUCUGCUGUGUUCUUGCCAAGGGAGACAUGAAAGUGGUCUCUCUAACAAAUGGAGCUGAUCAUAGAGGCAGGUCUCUGAAGUCAAACAGUGUCUUCGACGUGCUCAGAUAUGGGGCUCUUGGGGAUGGACACCAUGACGAUACAAAGGGAUUGGCAAAGGCGUGGGCUGCAGCUUGUUCCUCUUCUCAUCCUAGCAUUGUGCUCCUUCCGAAGGGCAAGAAAUACCUCACAAAGCACGUAACCUUUUCUGGACCAUGCAAAUCCAAUAUCAAUUUCAUGAUAGAGGGUACCUUGGUCGCUCCUCCAAAGAGAUCAUACUGGAUCGAGGCAACCAUUAGGCACUGGAUUUUGUUCAAAGCUGUGAGAGGUCUUACUGUCACUGGUGUUGGGACCAUUGAUGGAAAUGGCAAGUUAUGGUGGCAGAACUCCUGCAAAGUAAACUCAAAACUCCCCUGCAGACAAUCCCCGACAGCUUUGACGUUCUACUCUUGUACAAAUCUGAAAGUAAAUAAUUUAAAACUAUUGAAUAGCCAGCAAAUCCACAUGUCAGUGGAGCGCUGCACUGAUGUAAGGAUAUUCCGACUGUCAAUCACAGCACCCAGCAGUAGCCCCAACACUGAUGGCAUCCAUAUCGCCCACAGUAAGGGUGUGAAAGUCAGAAACUGCAUGAUCAGGACUGGGGAUGACUGCUUGUCAAUCGAGGAUGGAACUAAGAACCUACAUGUUAAGAACAUAGUUUGUGGACCAGGGCAUGGUAUCAGCAUUGGGAGCUUAGGUGACCAGAACUCUGAAGCUCAAGUUGCAAAUAUCACCAUCGACGGGGUGCGACUACAUGGCACGACAAAUGGAGCUCGUAUCAAGACAUGGCAGGGAGGGCGGGGUUAUGCAAAGAAUAUUGUGUUCCAGAACAUGAUCAUGGAUAACGUAUGGAACCCAAUCAUUAUCGACCAGAACUACUGCGACUCGGCUACGCCAUGUAAGAAACAGAAAUCUGCAGUGGAGGUGAGCAAUGUGUUGUUUAAGAACAUCAGGGGUACAAGUGCCUCAAGAGAGGCUAUCAAACUGAGUUGCAGUAGAGCUGCACCUUGCCACGGCAUAGCCUUGCACAACGUCAAGCUUACUCUAAAACGAGGCGGUGGUAAUGCAAAGAGUACCUGCCAGAACGCAAAGUGGAAGAAACUGGGAACAGUUAUGCCACAGCCAUCAUGCAAUCUCAACGAUUGAGACAAAUCUGAAUAGGAUAUGUAAUGGGUUCGCUGAGUGCAUGUAUAGGAUAUGUAUAGAUCACAAAAAGAUGUAUAGACAGUACAGAGGUGAAAAGAGAGAAAUGCCUAGUUGAAUAGAGUUGGAGAUGUGCAGAAAAGAAAGGGGUACAACUUCUGACA